GACAACCAGUUGCAUUUUAUUUGUUUUUAUUAAUUUUUUCUCUUUUUUAAAUUAAUAAAAUAAUUACAAAUGACAUCAAAUAUCGCGACUUACAAAGAACUUUGCAUGCAAAUUCCGAACCGCGGAUUGUACUUUAAAAGAACUUUAGAACGAAUUCACACCCAAGAAGAAUUUCAAGACUUUUGUCGUCGCAAAAAAAUAAACAUUUCCGAGCUGGUUCCGAAAAUCAGAGAAGUUCAAGUAGAACCAACUCUCAGGGAGUCAACAACUGAAAAAGAAAAUUUAUCGUCUGCCAUUCCAACUGCGACUCAGCAACAAAAACCCGAACCGGAAGUAAAAAAAUCAAAAGAAAAGAAACGUUCCAAGGGAAAAUCCUCGAAAUAUUCAAAUCCGGGCAAUAUCAUCAACAUUAGCAAAAGCUCCAAUGUCGUCAUCGGCAACGUUCAAGUCUUUAACAUGCCCGUGCUAAAAACUAAAGGAAUGCCUCCGAAGCCGCCAAACUCCAAACCUUGAUUGAAAACUCGAACAUUCCUUGUUACUUUCCAAUUAUCGUGUCACAUCGUGCGAUACUGAACUGAAUCUACUUUUCAUCUGUGGCCUUCUUCACCAAUUUUCGACUGUUUUUUCGGUCAUCUGUGAUAAUUAAAACUUCCACAAAUUUAAUUAGUUAACCAAUUAACAGCGACGAAAAAAAUAGUUUGUUAUCAAUUUUUACAUAUUUUUUUGGAUUUUAAUUAUUUGAAGAGACAUUGACAUCCAGAUGCUAAAUAAGAGAGAUAAAAAAACAAAACAAAA